CAUUAACAGAAAUGGGUGGAAAGUGCUGGAGGUGAAAAAUCACUCGCAAAAUCUGAAUGUAUAGAACUUCCCACUCAUUCAAUGAUUGAUAACCUUGUUCUUUUCUACGGUACUCCCUGUGUGGGGGAAAUAAAAGUUGACAAUAUUUGGCUUUUACACCGUCAGUUUCUGUUCCAACUUUUCAUCAUAUUUACUUAUUUUUUCCAAAUUAGAAAUAGAGAUUGUGGACUGACAAUUUUCUUUCAAUUUUUCUUUCCAACAAUAUAAUUCCUACACAUAAAAAUAAGCCAAAAUUUCAAGAUUUUGAGCGCUCUGGUAAGUACAAAAAUUAUCCCCAAGUUACUAAUGGAAAAUAAAUUGCAACUGUAUGGAAAAAUUAGUAUUUUGGGUUACAAGAGUGAUAUUUUAAUGAAUUUUUUAAAUGUGUACUGUAUACUGCAUAGAUCUACAUGUAGAUUUCCCCACAGGCAGGGUGAUUGCAGUGAACAAGUGGAGCUUUCCACUUUCAUAUAGAGCACAAGUUAAUGUGCUCAGUAAUGUGAGGAUUAUCAUUGUUUAAUCAUUGAACACAAUGGGCCAGGAAUGAAUUUCACCUCUAUGUUGCAACCCAUGCAAAUGUAUUAAUCAAUACAGAUAUUUUGUAUUUACUCAAAUCUCCUAUACUUCUUUUUGUUAUUAGAUAUCCAUUGAGGAGUAACGGUCAACAGAUCAUUUUGAAAUGGAUAAUCUGGAAGAUGCUGUUUUAGAUGAAAUAGCACUUGAAGGUUUGGAUGGAGUGAGUCUAGAAAGCUUAUGGGAUCUUGUUGAGCAGAGACUAGCUUCGUUUGAUUUCAAGUGUGAUGAUUACAUGAAGAACUUCAUCUGGGAUGACUUACUUUGUCACCAUGAAACCAUUUCUUUCUACACUGUACCAGAAGAACUUUUACAGUUAGAUGAAAAUGAUGUCAAGAAAAGGAGAACUUCUAGAAAGAAAGGACAACUGAAGGUCCAGCAGACAAGUGGACUGAUAGACGACCAGGUCAAAAAAGAGAUGGGGUACUGUCCAUUCUACAAAGAGAGGCAAGAUGUCACAGCAGAAAUACGCAAAGAUGCCAAGUCGGGUUCUCUCAGUCUACAACAAGUUACAGAGAAAUGGGGACAUUGUUUGAUGUUAGUUGCGAGUCUGGAAGCCCGACUACAUGCUAUUCUAUCACCAGUCACCAGUGUAGAUUUACCCCUUAACGCUACUUACUAUUGCUGUUUGGAGUUUGCUGGAAAGAGCAGGUACCUAGGAGUAUCUACACAUAGUAUCUCUGCCAAGUUUGAUGUCACCUUCUCAUAUGUCUUCCACAUGUUUAAGAAUUUGGUGAAGCUUGGUGUUAUCACCAAAGAGCUGAAGGGAAAUAUUGCAUACAUCUACCUGAUUCGAUUCAAGAGGCAACCAGUCAAGGAAGUCUCACUUACUAGCAUGAUAUUGGACUAUAUAAAGGACCAACCAAACAGUAUAGCGCCCAGAUACGAGUUGGUGGAGUUUGUGCUGAGUUACGAUUAUUCCUAUGGGCAGUUCAAGAAAGUUCUGAAGAAUCUUAAAUUCAGCAAGGUUGUAGAAGCAGUGUCCAUAACUGCCAAAGAACUGCCCCAAUACUGCCCUGAGACAGUGCAGUCUGUGAAGGAGUUUAAACUAAGAAUGGUUCAGGAAGAAGACAAUACAAACAAAGAGAGGAAUCCAGAAGAUUUCCAAAUAGUGUGUGUUCGUCUUUUGAAGCAGGGAGACAUUGCUGAUGAUAGUAUUGGGAAUGAUGGCGAUGAUGAUGCUGAUGAUGAUGAUGACGUUGUCGAUACAGAUAUUGACUUGUCUAAGUUGCGUUUGGAUAUGGAACUCUCAGAUGUUCAGCAGGUAUAUUACUACAUAGAGAAGAAACAGAAUGAAUCACAUGGUGUUUCUCUGAAUGAAGUGGUGCACUCUUUAAUGAUGGAGAGAACAUAUGUGAGAGUAAUCAUGAAGUUAUUAACCAGAGACAAAUUGGUGAAGCCCUUAAAUUACACAACAGGAAAAGCAAGGGUGUGGAGAUUCUUCACUCAGCGUGGAUUGGAUGAAGCCACAGUUCCAGAAGAAGUUCUGAAGCUGUAUCAACAGCAAAAAAAGAUAACUCUUGAUGAGAGGCAGACACCAGACAAAGAUGAUGGGGUAUCACAUGUCCCAUCACCGAUGGAUACAGGAGAGCCGUCAGAUCCACUAAAAUCAUCACCAGCAGCCAAAUCAAAGGAAGUAUCCAGAAAGCCAGGUACGUCAUUCGCAAGGACAUUUGAGAAUCUUCAAAGAAGUCGAUUGGUACAGGAUCUUGUAACGACCCAUCAUAUUCUAGAGGAAUACAACCUACUCAAGCAUGUCAGGGCGAAGGAAGCAGAAUCUGGGCUUACAGCAAUUUGUUGUAGAAAGUCAUUACACAGGAUGAUACUAAACAUGGCUGAAGAAGGGAAAGUGAAUUACUUAACAAAGGAAAUCAAGCGCAAGGGCAAAAAUGGAAUUAGAACAGAAGUAAUCAAGAUUGUGUCUGUUGCUUCGAUCAAAGAUGGCGAUCCUCGUGUUCAAGAUCUGUUGGAAAAGAUAAGCCCCAAACAACAAUUUGGUAAUCAACCAGUAAAAGUUCCUCUCAUGUAUCGCAAAUUAAAGCAGAAUUCUGGAAAACCAAAAAUAGCAAUGUCGGACCUACUCCAAAGCAAAAUGUGCCACAGCCUUGAGAAUAGAAAGAAUAUGGAGAGGUAUGGGUUCUGUUCCAAGAUGGAGAGAGCAGAAGCCUUACACAAGUAUCUAUGGUACCUCUUGUAUGGGACCAAGAAAGAAGGAAUAUCCAAGCUGGAGCCAGUGGAGAGAUUGUCUACAAAGGAGAAAAGAACAUUACCUGAAGGAUGCAACGAUGAGACAGAAGGACAAGCUAAUAUUAUGUUAGCCGAGAGGAUCAGAAUGACUGCAGCUGCCAAGGAUAAAAGACUGGUUUCGAAUAAUGAGGUUAAGGUUGAGAUGGUAGAGAGUCCUUCUAGCAUUGAGUGUCAUCUGGAUACCGAAGACUGGCGGCGAUAUGUCACCCCUGGUAUACAGCAUAUUGGGUGGGCAAAGGGAUGGGCAACCAUGAAUGACAUCUUGUGUACCCUGCCAUUGUCGAUCUUUGUCAAGGUCAAUUCAGUGACAAACGAGGUACCUGGAUUGGAUGAGGCUUUAGAGCAUCCAAGGAUAAAACAUUACCCCAUCAAUAUCAUACAUCUUCAGCUCUUUUAUGGUUCUGAUGUUAACCGUGUCAUCAACUAUAUUCAUGCCUGUCUUCUAAAUCUCAGUGGCAUGGGACUGCUAUAUUUUGAUUGUCAUCAGCGACUCCAGAACAGAACUCGUGUGAACUUCUACUUGUGUCGAACUGGAUCAUUUUUAGACACUACCAGCUCUGCCACUGGGUCUAUUCAAGUUGAGGAGAAGGCCUAUCCAAAGAGAAGCUAUAACUUCACUUCAAUGGAGAAUGUAGAACAGUUCUGGCUUGACUUUAAAAUGAACUGCUUUACCACGCCGUUAGGUGCAUUCAAAUAUGAAGGUCCCAAAGAACCUGCCAAGGACAAAAAGAUGUUGAUAAUGGUAGCAGAGACUAUUCACCAAGUUCCUCCUGAGCCAGUCACUAUUCCUGGAGAUGGCCGUGGAGCCGCUGGACUGGAUACAACCUUCUAUGCGCACCGUUGUAGUAACUGGGACAGGAUUAAAUGUCAUAAACCAAAGAAAAAAACAGGAAAGGUUUUGGUGAAAUCAGAAAUAAAAAAAGAAGCUAAAGAGAAAGUGCAAGACCUUGCUUCAGAGGGAGGAGGAGCCAAGCGCAAAGAAAGAGGGAAAGUGAUGAAAGUAUUGGCCGUGGAGCAUAAGAAGGCAACGGCAGGUGGCAAAGGUCAAAAGCGAAAGCGCCAGAAAGCCAAACCAACACCAGAUAAACCACAAGUAAAGAACGAUGUUUCAGUUCCAGAACCAGCUGAUACAGGCUUUUUGGAAAGAGCUUUAUCAGACCAACGCAUUGCAGAGAAAGCUGAUGAGAGAAGCAAAGAGCAGAAGAAAGUUGCAUCAGAUUCUGGACCAACAGAUGCUGGAGAAACAGCAGGAGGAAGCAAGGUAAAGAAAAUAAUCCAGAGAAGCGAGGAACAGAAGAAAGUUGGAUCAGAUGCAGACCUGGUGGAAGGAGAAACAGACAAAAACAGGAUAGAGAAAGCAAACAAGAAAAGCAAAGGACAAAAGAAAACAGGACCAAAGAGAACACCAAGGAGUCACCUUGCUCAUGAUCUCCAUAUCUAUGAUGAGACAGAUAUGCAAGCAAAACAGACGAAGAUUCUUAGGAGGGUCAAGUGGAGUGCAAGAGAAGACAAUUUACUUCUUUUAUGUGGUUUGGCUCUUCGCUUUUUGAAAGUCAAGGUUACAAAGUGUGGCUCAUUGAAGCAUUAUGUGCAUAUGUCUGAAGUUCGUGAUUUGCUUCGGGAAAAUCUUGAGGAAUCCUGCGAUAAGACAUCGGAAUCAUGUGCUCGUCGGAUAAGAGUUCUUCUUAAAAAUGACACCAACAUGUCAAACUUCACUGUCUGCUUAGCUGACAUCCAUGCAGACUUGGAAAUCAUGUCAAAGUUCAUGUCAGGGGAUAAAACCUUUAGUAAUGAGGCUGUACGACGCAAAGAAUUCAGAGACCUCUGUAUGGUACUUAGCAAGAAGUUUGAGUCCCAAAGUAAGGAUACCAUUUUAGCAAUACCUUCAACUUUGGAGGAGCUCUAUCUGAACUAUGAUUUGAUAAACAGCAAUGUUCCUGUUGCAAUGAAAGAUAUUGAAUCCAUGGAUGUCAAGUCAGAAGAAGAUAUCACACACAAUCUCCUUUUCACAGUUGUACUAAUAUCACUGCUAUCACAUCACUUCAGACAGGGAGAGAUGAAACAGAUCUACUAUGCUUUGAAGCAAUAUGAUACAAAGCAACUACAAAGGGCGGUAGAUACCCUCAAAAGCCAAGGCUUUACGGGUAGGAAUCGUGGUAUGCAGGAUGUGUCGAGUCCCCAACGAGCCUUACAUGUAAUGCCUAUGUCCUUCCAGUUCACCAAGGCAUUCUUCAAUCUUUUCAAAGUGCCUAGUAUUCCUGAAAAGGUCUUGGAUGAAACAAGUAUGGCUCUUAAUGACAUUGUUGCAUGGAAACAAGAUGAAAGUUCUGCACCUACUCUGGCACUAGACAAAAUGAAGGGAAACAGAUCUAGUUUACUGUGUAUUCCAGCUCUGAAACUGGCAUAUGACUCAGUGGACAUUCCGAAGGAAAUUAUAUCAUUAGACCUGAGUGCUAGUGAGAGAGCACAUCUACAGAAGAGACAUGAAGAGGAAAUGUUGAGGGCCGUUGAAGAGGUUGACUUUGAGGAGGAGGAUGAUGACAGUAUUUCAGGGAAGUCAAGAGAAGGGAAGCGAAAGGCAUCAGAAAUCACUGAGAAUGUAGCUCCAAAGAAGCUGAUGAGGCACCUUGUUGAAACUGCUGGACGGAAGAAGGUAGCAUUUGUCAGAACAGCACAUGAAGAAUGGUGUCAGAAAGUGGCCGACAAACAGCAGACGUUAGAACAAGGAAAUAAGAAGGUUGCAAUGAAGUCACUGAUUCCUCGAUUAUUGGGUGAUGUGAAGAAGGAGAUGAACAAUGUGGAUGCGAGUAGUGUCAAUCCCACUAUGCCAUCUCAAGCACCUGUUUCUCUUGAUACAGCAUCAGCAGCUAGACGAUCUCUUGCCUUGGACCAUGAUUACUUCAUGCCUAAAGUAGUACAAACUCAAGAGACGUGCCAAGAUGAAAUCAAUCCUGAAGACUCAUCUCAGGGGACUCCAAGAGAAGAAUUACCUCCAGAUGAUUCCAAGCGUGUCGAUGACACGGCUUCUAUGAUCUCAGCUUCAACUGACGGAACACCCAGGACUACAAAAUCUAGCUCUUUCUUUAAUUGGUUGACCAUGAGAGGGUUUCUGACCCAGGAUUACACCAAGAAACCUCAAAACAUCCACGAGGACAUCAUUGUCCGUAGAUGUAGUGUUUUCAUGAAACCGACCACAAGUCUUAUCAGUAUUCUAGACAGGUUUCAUGUGCCUUCUAGACAAGAACAUAACGAACAAGAUAAAGUGCAUAGCAUAAAGGACACUUCCCAUCAAAGAACUGGCAGUUCACAACCUAGCAUUUCUUCAAGUGAAGGAAACAGCAUGGACAAUGAAAGGACAGGUGAUGAUGGUAAUCAACAAACCCCUAUCCAAUCCAGGAAUGGCACCAAUGGAGGGGAUCUAGUUCCAUCGGAAAAGUCCAUGAACCCCUCAAGGCAUUCAGAAAGCAAGACUAGAACUAGUAGAAGUACCACAUCACAAUAUUUGCAGACCCUUGGUGAAUUGAUUCACCAGCCCUGUGGACCAGUUGUGGCAUUUCUUGGUCCUCACACUAGCAGUGAUUUCAGACCAAGCUUCAGGUACACCAUGAACAACCCCCGUAGGAGUCUGGAAGAUGUUUGCAAAGGACAUGAAGACCAUUCACAAAUGUUGACUAUCUACCAACUUGUGAAGGCAGCAGGAUCAUUAGGUCUUACCUAUCCUCGGCUUCUUCAUGCCAUUCAGCUGAAUACGCACCAUGCAAGGAACAGAGUAUUCAGCUGUUUGAGGAUCUUGCUUCAAGAACAGUUACUCCUAGAAGUGGGUACCUCUGUUGUGAGACUUGUGGCACAGAAGAAUGCUUCGAAGUGGUUACUAAAAUCAGUAAAGAUUGUACCAUUGCCUACCACCAGCACCCCUCCAGAUAACAGUGGUUUGCCCAGUCCAGCAAAGAAGACAAACGUACCAGAAGAAUCCAUUUCACAGGAAGGGACGAUGAAUGGUGAUAAUUCUAUGAGGGACAAACAAGAUGUUCAUUGUGAAACUCACUCCUCAAAUCAAGUGCCAACAGAUGAGAUACUCCUGGCAGCUUCCAUUAACAGUAGAGUGGAGGGGGAAGAGUUUGAGAGUGACAAAGAGGCAUCAGAGAAAAAUCGCUUAGCAGAGACUAUAGCUGAAGAUGAUGAAGCAUCAGGAUCGAAAGGAAAGAAACGUAAGAAAGGUGACAAGAAGGAAAAGAUAGAUGCGGUUGAAAUGAAAUAUGAACAAGUGUCCAUUCUGUGCCAUCCCUGGACGAACAUUGAUGGGUCAGUCAGCAUCAAGUCACUCAUCUUAUUUCUAAGUAGUGUUGGAUUGAUGAUAAUAUCAAAGCCAGGAAUCAAAGAGAGUGAUAUCUUUCAACAUUACCAGUCCUGCAUGUCUCCAGUAGAUUGCUUACAUCUCUUCAAGAUCUUGAUGAAUGCAGAUAUCAUCACUAGGCAUUCAACAUACACCAGCAUAAAGAUGAAUCUGUUUGGAGCUCCAUUGAACACUAAACCCAAGGUGGUUAUCUUCUACCAACCAACAGUAGCAGCACUUAUGAAUUUAACACUUCUGAAAAACAAUCUUGUAAAUUCAGAUAAAGAGGAGAGCUAACUGAUCUGAUUGUGGACUUGCCUUGAACAUCAGACUCAUGGAUACACUCUUCUACCUUUGGACCUUAGGGAUCCCUGAUGAAAUAAACAAUUUGACCGGAAACCUCUAUGAAUCCGAAGAAAGUCGCUGAUUUUAACAAAAUAUAGGGUUGGUUCACAAAGAGUUAUUAAAGUAUGACCUUUUAUCUCAUUGAUUAUUAUGUGGUGGUGCAUGUCUCCUGAGAAUAUGUGAUCAAUUCAGUGAUGCAUUUUAUGAUAACUUGGAACUUAAGUGUGGUUUCAUUCACACCUAACUCUUUGUGAAUGACCGAUUUGGAUUUCCUGUGAGCACCAAACACAGUUAAUUUCUCCUGCUGAUGGACCGAACAGACCUGUAAUUAAGUUAUCAUAAACCUUAUCAAAUCCAAAAUGUAUUGAAAGUUUGUUAUUCUGACUCUGUCCUGGGUCUCAUUUCAUAAAGACUUACAGCUGUAGCAACUUUGGCAUUACUGUAAAUACCAUUAACACUUUGAUUGUGAUUGGCUCCUGAGUUCUGUUACCAUGGUUAUUGCAAUCAAUGGCAAAGUUACAAUAGUUAUAACACUUUAUGAAAUGAGCCCCUGAUCUCCAUUGAACAUCAAACCCAAGACAACGUUCUUCUACAAAUCUGUUUAAUUGAUAUUGAACAUACAGCUUUAUAAAGGAAACCCCAGCAAUUUGAAAUAAACAACCAACUGGCUAUCUCAAUUCUUUUGGUCCACCCUUGACCAUCCAAUUUGAAAUCCUCUUCUAACAACAGACCUUUGGCAGUUAUGUUUGUAUUAAAGGGGAAAAUGUAGUCAAGUCAAAUGAGUUAGGUGAUUUAUCUGAUUCUGUGUGAAUUUUCAUUAAAGCAUCAAACUCAAGGCUUAAGUCCACCAACCUUACCUAUGGAUGGUGAUGAAUGCUAGCUCUAUUGAAUGAUAAACUAUCAAAGUGCAAUGUUGUUGAAUGCUGUGUUUUCUUCAUCCAUUGAGCACCUAGGACACCCAUAGAUUACUGUGCUGAAUCAAUUGAAGCACAGAUGAACUGGUUCUUCUUCAGGAUGGCCAAGGUUUAUGUACCUAAACAAUGAUUACGCUGCCAUCUCAUUUAUCAGUGAUUAUUCCUGAGCCAUCAAGUAAAGUCUUUACAAGGAUGAACUAUACCAGUUGCUCAUAGCAGGAAUGUGAAUGUGUUUUUCCUACUUCAAAUAUGGGUUUACCUGCUGAAAUACAAACUACAUGUAUGAAGUUGUCCUUGUAUCACUAUUCCAGCUGUGUCUCCUACCAUCUAAGGGUAUUGAAUUAAUUAACCCUGAUCAAUAAUAUUUUCUUAGUAAUAUCAGAUAGCUGGAUAUGUUCUGCCCUUUUUCUGCCCUCAAGCCCAGUUGGAUCAAUACUGAAUAUAAUUUGUUGUAGUACAUGGGCUUUUUAAAACUUCCAUUAUGACUCCAAUUUCAAGUUCAAAUGAUCAUGAUGGUGAAUGAAAGAUCUAAAGGUUAAGUAAAAGUUAUAAUACCAUAUGAAUUUCAGAUAAGAAUACAAGAUAUUGUUCAUACAGUUGAGUGAAAGUAAUAAAACUUAAAUGAAUUCCAAGCAAGAAUAAUAGAUAUUUUUAUACAUAUGGUUAUGAAAGUUGAGUAAAAUGUCUAACACCAGAUGAAUUCCAAGAAUACUCGCUACCAUUUGUUUAGUCAAAUAGUUUGAAUUUAAUUGUUAACUGGGUGAGCAUUGGCAGCAGAAUGUGUAUCGGAACCAGACCAGUCUAAAUUUUUGUAUUAUUCUCGUACACAGAGCUUCAACACAAAACACUCAGCCAACUUGCUUGUACAUGACUUAUGCCCACUUGAAUCAAAUUUUCGAGGUGAAACAAAUAUAUAUCAAUCUAAUAAAUGUUUUCAAAAAGCAAUCAAUAUUCAUCGUCCAAGUUUGGCAUAAGUAUUUCUAAUAAAUAUCUUCAAUAUCUGCUGGCUUUGCAUAAUUUCAGACUAAAGACAUGCAAAAUGUUAAGACUGAUUUUAAAUGAAUAUGCCCUAUAUGUAAAUUUCAUUCCAUUAAUUUGGAGUGUAACAAUGAACUCUUACAGUGGGUAUUAUGUUAACCACAUGUUUUAUGAUGGUAUUUAUUAUUAAUAAAAAGAUUUUAAUGUUUCAGGAA